GGCUUAUGAUCGUGAAUAUUUUACGUUUGCCUUUCACGUGCAUGACAGUACUAUAUCAAGAGAGACCAUGUAGAGAUAUCAAAGCUAUUACGCAUACAUGGAAGAAACGAAGUGGGUGGUCCAAAUCAAUGAGGAGCUCAAGAGUGAUGGUACUUCUGUACCUGAGAAGGAGCAAUGGAAGAGACAUUCAAUUUACAAGAUACCCUCACGUGUCACUGCGUUGAACCAAAAGGCCUACAAACCUCAAGCGGUGUCUUUUGGUCCUUAUCACCAUGGAGAGGAACAUCUGAAGGACAUGGAAUAUCACAAACAUCGUGCUCUGAUUCAUUUUCUCAAGAGGUGCAAAAAGCCCAUCGAGCUGAUAUUCCAUUGCAUGGAUCAAGUGGUUGAUGAGUUGAGAGGCUCGUACAAUCCACUCGAUCAAAUUUGGAUGCAGGACACGCCUAGGUUCCUGCAAAUGAUGAUUCUUGAUGGCUGUUUCGUGUUGGAGAUUUUACGAGCCCAUGAUGGUGUGCCUGAUGACUAUGCUGACAAUGAUCCUGUCUUUGGUGAACACGGGAAACUCAAUGUUGUGCCAUAUAUCAAACGUGAUAUGCUUAUGCUUGAGAAUCAAUUGCCCUUGAUGGUUCUUCGUAUAUUAAUUGAGAUUGAAACUGACACAACCCAGGGAGAUGAGUUGUUGAUCAAACAAAUCCUCAAGUUCUUCAGCCCAGGCACCCCAGAAACAGGAACCAAUGGCAAAUGCAUGCACGUGUUAGACGUGUACAGAAAAAGCCUGAUUCAGCAAGGACCCACAAAGCGAACACGCGUGUCCAAAGCAAAACGAAGAAGAUUAUGGUUGAGUAUUGAGGAACACGACGAUGACGAGAUCAUCCGCUCCGCAAUGGAGCUCCAAGAUGCCGGAAUCCGCUUCAAGAAAAGCCGAACCCACAGCCUCGGCGACAUAUCGUUCGUCUACGGCGUGCUCCGGCUCCCAGCCCUAGUGGUGGACGACACGACAGAGUACAUGUUCCUCAACCUCAUCGCCUUCGAGCGCCUCCAUGCCGGAGCAGGCAACGAGAUCACCUCGUACAUCUUCUUCAUGGACACCAUCAUCGACAGCGAGAUGGACGUGGCGCUUCUUCAUCGGAAUGGGAUCCUUGUCAAUGCCCUAGGGUGCGACAGGGCGGUGGCCAAACUGUUCAAUUCAUUGUCGAAGGAUAUCGCCGUGGAUCGACAAGGAGUGUUGGAUGUGGUGAGGAUGAGCAUGAGUAACUACUGCAAGAAACCCUGGAACUUGUGGCGCGCUAAUCUUAUUCAUACCUAUUUCAGGAACCCUUGGGCUAUUGUGUCGCUUGUUGCUGCCAUUUUUCUCUUUGCUCUUACUAUUGUUCAGACGGUUUACACUAUUGCUCAAUAUUAUCAACCCCCAACUACUCCUUCUGAUUCGUCCUCACCGUUUGUGAUACCUUCUCCAAGACCUUGGUUUCGUCCCUAGCUAAUUAAUUAGGUAAAAUUAUAUUUUUGGUUCUCCUAGUUGUCUUUAAUUUUCAAUUUUGAUCUCCCUUUCAAAUUAUUCACGCAUUUUGUCUUUUUUUUAUACAAUCACUCAGUCUUAAUCUCCAAAUCUAGAUCUAGACGUUGACGGUUACAAAUGAAUUUUGACUGUCACGUGUCACGUUCUGAUUGGACGAUAACUGUCACGUGUCAUGAGAUGUUGACUCGAUGGACGAUGAAAUGCAUUCUUGUAAUCAUUGGUCAAUCAGAACAUAACAAGUGGCAAUUAUCGUUCAAUCAAACGUGACACGUGACCAUCAAUAUUCUUUUGUAACAGUCAAUAUCUAAAUCUGGACUUGGGAACUAAGAGUGCGUGAUUGAAUAAAAAAGGAAGACAAUGCGUGAAUAAUUUUAAAGAGAGAUCAAAAUCGAAAUUAGAGACAACUACGAAAACUAAAUUUACAAUUUUGCCAAUUAAUUACGCCACCCUAAUUGCUUGGUUUUCAUCUUUUCUCCCUCCUGGCUUAAACUUAAUUUGUAUUCUGCUUUUUGUGUUGUGUUUGAUUAUUUGUCAUUACUCACUGUGAGUUUAUGUAUUUGAUGCUCCUAAAUCCUACUAAUUGGAUUGCCGGGCUAGUACCAAAUGCAUGAUUGUUGUGAAUUUUCUUUGGAAUUUA